CUCACUGCAAAGAGCCAACCACUCACGAUGGAUCAUAUCAAGAUUGAUUAUCACCACCAUAUUAUCCCGCCCGUGGUGACCAAGUUAUUGGAACAAAACGCAGCCCUAACGCAAGGCUUACGCCUUCCGCAAUGGAAUGUCGAUCUCAGUCUUGAUUUUAUGGCACGGAACAACAUCAGCACGGCAAUCUUAUCUCUCCCGAUCCCGCCUUGGGUGCUGACUGAAAAUCCCUCUGAGACACAAAGUCUGGCUCGAAGCGUCAAUACGAUCAUGGGCAAUCUUAAGAAAGAGCACGCAGGGAAAUUCGGUUUCUUCGGUUGUCUUCCUAAGCUGGAUGACAGCCAAGCAUGCAUCGAAGAAAUUCGAUACGCGAUGACCUGUUUGGGGGCCAAUGGAAUCAUGCUGUUCAGUAGCUACGGGGGCAAGUAUCUUGGCCAUCCGGAUUUCGAACCCGUAUGGCAUGAGCUCGCCCUACACAGCGCGAUUGUGUUUAUCCAUCCAACCAUGGAGGGGGCCGAGCAAGCUAUACGAGAACCAACCGUGAUCCCAAGGCCGCUGUGCGACUGGCCGCAUGAGACGACGCGAACGGCGGUCCAUCUUAUCACGACAGGCACUAUGCGCACGCAUGGAGCCAAAUGUCGCAUUAUUCUAUCCCACGGUGGUGGUACAUUGCCAUACAUCGCCGGGCGCGCUGCAGACUUGGGCGUGCAGAUGGGAAUUCUAGAAAGACCACCCGGUGUAUUUCUGGAGGCGUGCCGGCAGUUUUACUUUGAUGUUGCACUCGCCGGGUACAAGGGGCCCUUGCAGCUGCUGCUCGACUUUGCUGCGCCUGGUCACGUCUUGUACGGGAGUGACUUCCCGUUUGCCCAGGCUCCAGCGGUGGCACAGCAAGCAGCGGAUAUUGCUGACGUCGUAGAAACCCGGGGGGAGAGUGCUACAUUCGGGGACCUCGAUCUUUGA